AAGACUUCUAACCUCAAAAGCGCUUACCUGGCUUACCGCUAUCAAUGAGAUAAUCAUUGUUGUUUUCUAGUAUUAUUGUUUUAGUUGUAGUCACUAAUAGUUCGUUGUUGCCUUCGUAGUAAUAGUUUAAGUGUUCUGAUAAUGGCGCCAAAUUCUGCAACGAAAGUAAAGGAGCUACUCUUGCCCGUGUCAAGAGUAAAAACGAUAAUGAAAAGUUCGCCGGAUGUCGAAAACGUUGGACAAGACGCUCUUCAUUUGGUCACAAAAUCCACGGAAUUGUUCGUGCAGUACCUGACUAGAAUGUCUUACAAGAAGUCGCCAGAUGGUAAUAAGCUAGAAUACAAACAAUUAGCUGAGUUUGUCCAGAAUAAAAACAGUAUGAGGUUUUUAAGAGAAAUCCUACCAAAGAAAAUUACCGUGAAACAGUACAAGCAAAUGUUAAGAAGUCAAGGUGAGUUGCAUACCUCAGACUCAUCAUCAGAUUCUGGGAGUUCAGAUGACUCAGAAUCGGAAGAUUCAGAAGAAUCAGAUGAUUCAGAAAAGUCAGAGGGAACCGAGGGAGACGAACAAGAAAAGAGCGGGAAAGAUAAAUCAUAGUUUUUCACCAUGUUCAAGAGCACAAUGUUUCAAAUUUGUAUAAGUAUGUAAAAAAAUUUCUGUAAUUCUACUUUUAAGUGAUCAGUCAAUAGAAAGAAGUGGUCACAUAACUUUCUCAUUCCACUAAGGAGACUAAAAAACUGAAGUUUCAACAUCACCUACUUACCAAUUUAAAAAUGUUGAAAUGAAUGAAAUGGCAAGUAGUCAGAUCAUAGGUCGUGCAAAUUAAUUACUCUGCUGUAUAUGUAUUGGUAUUUGACAGAUGUUCUAAUUGGAGCGUCAGUCUGAGGUAUUGAUGCGGGUGUUGACAGUUGAACCUUACAGGCCCGCGGGCUGAUGGCUUUUGAGUAACAAAUCCAAAUCAACUCUCACCAAAACAUUAGGCUUUUCAAAAUUUUUAUUUUUUUUCUUUAAUUUUAAUAGUAUAUACCCGCAUCAAUACCUCAUCGUAGGAAGCAUGGAACACAACAGAAUUUGCCAAAAUCGGCUCCUAAUAGAAGGGUGCAAUGUCCGUGUCUAUGUUCAAUAAUAGUUCAUUCACCAGUAUUGUAGCAGUAAGUUUUUUUCACUCAGAACAACGAACUUACAAGUCACACACCAAAAUGGAACACUCAUUCAUCAAAGGACUAUGCACGGAUUAAAGAGAAAUUCAGCACCAGCUGAAUGUUGUUCGUUGUUCCUUACGGCCUUCUAAUCACAAUACGCUUUUCAAAUGAAACUUUCGAUGUGCCAAUCUUGACAGAAAGCUGUGCUUAAAGGUGAAUGCACUGGCAUCCGUACACACCCUUAACUAGACGAAAUGUUGCCACAUUUAAGAGGGCCGAAAAGCCACUUUUCAGCUCCGCUUUUCCUUAGAUUGGCACAUGAAAAGUUCGAUUUUGAAAGCUCAUCAAGCCCAGGACGUAAGGAACAUCAUAUCAAAAAAUAUUGUAAUUUAGUCAGUGCUGACUUUCUUGGUAUUCCAAGUGAAAGACAUUCUUUUAUGAUGCCUCAGAUACCUAUCACGCUUCCCUAUUGAGAAGGAGAAGAAAUACAGGGAAGAGAGCCAAGCUAUGUGUAUAUAAUUUAAUUUUAGCAGACUUAGAUUAUUUGAUGAGUGAUUCGAAAAAAUUAGGAAGGAAGCACGUACGAAUUACUUUGUUGAUGCUUUUUUGUGGUCUUAUUAUUCUGCAUGAAAGAACAUAGUCCCUCAACUCUUACUCUGUGUACCAGUCAAUUUCAGAAACUGUGUAUGUUAAAAAAGUGUAUAAAAUGUGCCAGUUCUCCUUGACGUUGCUUUAGUCGAAUGUUAACUAUCGCAAUACUUAUCAAUGCUCUUUCUAUAUGAAAUCUAAAAUUGAAUCCAUGAACCAUUUUUGAAACCCUGUUUUUACAAUGUUGAUCAGUUGGAAACUUGAACUUAUGUACCUUAAAGAACUGUUGCAUCACCUUUUCCAGCUACAUUUUAAAAUGUUAGUUCAAUUGUUUCAAGCAAGCCGUCGCAAAUGUUAUUUUUGUUUUUGUCUUUGUUUCACCCCUUAAUUGACAGGCAGUAUUUUAAAAAGCCGUAGUGGCCUAACUUGUCUCACAAUAGUAUGUAAAAGACCUCUAUUACAGUUUUUUUUUUUCAGUAAAAAACACACUACUUGUACAGUUGAGUUGAUCUCAUUCCAUAAUAAAAUACUCAUUUCACCAUUAAAAAA